UUGUUAUGGCAACGGCUCCACGCGCCGCGGAGUGGAGAGUCGGUUGAGACAGCGUCCAGCCCAGCUGCGGACAGGGAGCGGCAAUCACUCAGUAUCGUCAGAUUUAACCAUAAAACGUCGCAUUCAUGGCGCAUUACAGAGGCUCCGAGUCGAAAAGAGAGCAGUUCAGGAGAUACCUGGAAAAAGCUGGGGUCCUUGACAGUCUCAUCAGUGUCCUGGUGGCACUUUACGAGGAGACGGAUAAACCUAAUAAUGCCUUGGAUUUUGUGAAGCUCCACCUCGGUGCGGCCGACUCAGAGCCAGCCAGUGCCGAGGCCCUUCGCGUGGAAGUGGCCGAGCUUCAGCAGAAGUGUGAGCUGCUCAUGGAGGAGAACAAAGAGCUGAGAAACAGGUUGUCGCAGUAUGAAUCGCCGCCUGAAGAAGGAGCAGCCGAGUAGAGAGGAGUUUGGUUGUUGCUUUUCAAAAAAAAAAAAAAAAUGUUAUAUGUAUAUGUUAAUUACCCACUGAUGGCUGUACAGUGUAUAGUAAGAUCACUGUUGAGAUUUGUUAUGCAAUAAGGCAACUUUUUCUUUCUCGUUAAUAAAAAUGGCUUUUGCACC